AUGUCGUCUACAGAUUAUUCAGGUCAAUUCCUUCAGGAGCACGACUGCGCCCCACCCCUCAUGUCUGAGAAGAACACCGACGAUGAGUAUACGAGCGAAGACAGUCCCACCGAGUCUUCAGAGAUGGAUGGUGAAGAUGGCGUGGACGAGGACGGCGUCACUGAGCUCAUGAAGGCGGCCAGACGAAACGACGUAGAUGCAGUGAAGCGCUAUAUUCCUCAGCAGGCGGGAAUGGUGGCGAAGUUUUUCAGGGCAAGGAUGGUAGAUAUACACGGGGGGACGGCCCUGAUGGUCGCCGCGGUGCUUGGACACGCUGAGGUGGUGAAGCUGCUGAUGAAGCACGAGAGCCGCAUGAGGAGCAGCAAUGAGUACACGGCCCUCAUGUGGGCGACAGCCAACGAGCGUAUCGAGGUUGUGAGGCUACUCCUGGAUGCUGAGGGCUGCAUGGAGAGGGACAGGGGCUUUACUGCCCUCACAAUUGCAGCAUACUUUGGUUGUUUGGACUGUGUCAAAGUGCUGUUGGAGAAGGAGAAGUACAUAAGCAGCAGGUCUGCUCUUUGCGUAGCUGAUAUGAAUGGUCACCCCGAGGUGGUGUCUCUUCUCAAGAGUGAAGGCGUUGGACUGGAGGAGCCCCGUCUACGGAUGCCGCCCAGAAAGCCCGUGAGUGAACGCGCCUAA